AGAUCUGAGGUCGUGCAGGCGCCCGUGCCGAUCGCGACUUGCAGCCACAGACGCGCCUCCCUCUCCUGUCGUCUACGCCGUCGCGUUGUCUCUUGCGAAAGCGACGAUGGACUUUACAGAGAUCUACAAGCAAACGGGGCAGCUCGUCUCUUUCUCCCCCGGUGCCCACUUUCUGCUUACCGCCAUCCAGGACCGUCUCGUCGUCCGCCGCGCGGACUCCUUCCAGAUCACCCGCUCCUGGCAGCUCGAUCCCUCUCUCUCCGCCACCGCCUCCACCAUCGCUCAACCAGCAAACAAGACAUCUGCGCAGUCUAGAUUUACUACCUCGAGAAGACCUCUUGCCCGUACCCUCGCACCCUCAGACGGGAGUUCUAGCGGGACCACAGGCUGCCCAGUGGACCGAGAUAGUUGGAUCACACACGCAGGCUGGUCGUGCGAUUCAGAGUACAUCCUCGCGGCGUGCGCGCGCAAAGGUAUCGUGGACGUCUUCAAGAUGCGUGACGAGGAAUGGCGCGCGCGGAUAGAGGCCGGCGCUGAAGGUCUUGUCAAAGCCGAAUGGGCCCCCGACGGACGAAGCAUCAUCUGCUGGAGUGAGUGGGCGCUAAGAGUGACCGUCUGGAGCUUGGUGACAGGCUCCCCGACGUACAUCCAGUAUCCUGCUCAUCCUGACCGAGGGUAUGCCUUCCGCUCCGACGGGCACUACCUCGUUCUCGCAGAACGUCACAAAUGCAAGGACAGCAUCGGCGUGUACGACGCGACUGCCACAUAUCGCAUGGUCAGGCACUUUCCGCUGCCUACUGCGCUCUUCUCCGCACUCAGCCUUUCGCCCACGGGGAACCAUGUUGCAGUUUGGGAGGGCCCGCUCGAGCACAAAGUAUACGUCUUGAGCUUGGCAGGCGAGCUCCUUGGAACGUUCGCGCCCGAAAAGGACCCUGGCUUCGGUAUACGAGCAGUUGCAUGGCAUCCAGCCGGGAUAUUCCUCGCCGUUCUAGGCUGGGACGACAAGGUGCAUGUCCUGGAGAACCUGACAUGGGGCCCGAUCGCCACAUUCGAGCUGCACAGUCGAAUACCGGCGGGUACGACGAUAUGGCGUGAACCAUCUGACUGGAUCGAGACCACCGGGGGACGUGGUUUCCUCUCAUACGAACGCGUCCAAGCUCCUCACACACUCACCCUGAUCUCGCACGAUCGUACCAAGCCUCCACCAGGGCUCUCCACAGCAUCCAGACCGUCGACCUCUGAGCACCUGGCGUGGAACGUCGACGGAACGACUCUCAUGGUGCGCUACGGCGGUGCGCCGGAGGCAGUCUGGCUUUACAACUUCCCAAGCUUUGCCCGACCGUCCGGAGACAAGGCCGGCGAGCCUACGCCCACACCCGUACUUAAGCCAAAGCUCAGGAGCGUGCUGCUGCAUGCAAGUGCGGUGACGAGCGUGCGGUGGAAUCCCGUUCGGAAGGGCUCUCUCGCCUGUGCGACGGGCGGCGGGGCUGUCUAUCUGUGGAGCGAUGAGUGGGAGUCCACGUCUGCAGAGGGUGGGGCGAGCGAUGGAACAACAGGAGGAGUGGCAGAGGAAGUGGCGGAGUGUGUAGGGGUACCUGCGAGGAAAUUCGCGGCGCAUACACUGCGGUGGGCGCCGGAUGGCCGGGGGCUGGUGUUGAUGGACCGCGAGACGUUUUGCUGUGCAUUUGAGGUCGAGGAGGGUGAAGAUACGCCUGUCCCUGGGUAAGCAGAUGAUAUAGAAGCUUGCGUAUCAUAGUGGAAUUUGUGUAGGAUUAGGGCGAGCUAUACAGAGACAGUGUCAGCAGUAUUGCAGCGCCUUUGCGAAC